CAGUAUAAAUGUGAGAGUUGUAGGAUGCCUUUCUCUCCGAAAAUUACGUUGGCUGAUGUGUAUUUAUGCCUUUAUUUUGCGAAAGUUUUUGCCAUAUGUGAACCGAAAACCUGGAUAAUGUCAUUUUCAACGAGUUAACAUUCUUAUAUUCCGAAAAUAAUUUCAGAUGGGACCAAUCCAUUUUGGCAGGAGUAUUUACUGAGGCUUAAGUCGUGCAGAAUUUAAGCUUAUUAGGGUUGACUUCAUUCUGAAGGAUGGUAUCAAGGCUCGACCGUCUGUUUGUGCUGCUGGAGACGGGUUCAUCGGGUGUGACGCGCCGUGCUGCAGCUCGUCAGCUGGGAGAGGUGCAACGUCUUCACCCACAUGAAUUACAUCACCUGUUGUCUCGGAUUACCACCUAUUUGCACAGCCCAGCCUGGGAGACACGCAUCGCUGCUGGCCAAGCUGUGGAGGCUGUUAUCCAGAAUGUACCUCAGUGGGAUCCUCCAGCCUCUAGCAUCAAAAGGGAGUUUUGCCCGCAGUCUGUGCUGCUUUCACAGACAGGACGCUUGAAUUUCCACAAGUUUGACAUGAACAAGGUCUUGGCCAGCGACACUCACCUCAUGGCUUCCGAGGGGAAGGAGUAUGAUGUAGAGGAGUAUCAAGGUAUUGAUGUACGGGAGAAGCUGGCCAGACAGAGACAACUUCUGAAUGCCCGUCUUGGUUUGGAUGUUGCUCUUAGAAUUGGCAUGGAUAUGUCUGAAAUAUUUUCUGCUGAGGACCUCACCAUUUCUCUUGAAACAGAUGUGUCUCGAAAUGAUCCAUUAAGGAAAACUGUAGGGGAACUGGUACAACAAGAGAUGGCACAGAUUGGUAUGCUCAGUUCUCGUGAGAUAAAUAGGGCUCGGCGUAAAGCUCGCCAGGCAAUGUCCAAACAGAGGUCGCGAGAAGCAGGAGAGGAUGGAGGUACAUCAUCGGUGGGUGAAGAACCUGAGAACAAGAAGCCAAAACUGGAUGAUGGGUUGGUUGAAGUCAAACCAGAGGAUUUGUAUGCAGCAGGGUCACUAACCAAUGGGAGUGUUCCAGAUAGCACUGGUUCAUGGGGAGAGGCGGUGGACUGGCCAUUUGAGAAUUUCUGUGAUCAACUGUGUCAAGAUCUGUUCAGUCCAAGUUGGGAAGUGCGCCAUGGGGCUGCCACAGCUCUGAGAGAAGUUGUCCGAGUCCAUGGAAGAGGUGCAGGGAAAGCUGCUGACCAAACCAAGACUGAGAUGCAAGAUUGUCAUCAACAGUGGGUGGAAGACACAUCAUUGAGACUCCUCUGUGUGCUAGCAUUAGAUCGAUUUGGUGAUUUUGUGUCUGACCAAGUCGUUGCGCCAGUCAGGGAAACUUGUGCUCAAGCUUUAGGAUGUGUACUGAAUCUGAUGAGUCGUGAGGGCGUGAAUGGGGUGAUGAAAAUUCUGCUGCAGCUUCUGACCCACAGUGAGUGGGAGGCGAGACAUGGUGGCUUGCUGGGGCUCAAGUACCUACUCGCUGUUAGGGAGGACCUUGUAAGUGAGAUAUUACCAGUGGCAUUCAGCCACAUCUUGGAGGGUCUUGGAGACCCAGUGGAUGAUGUGGGAGCAGUAGCAGCAUCAGCACUGAUCCCUGUUGCAGCAAAGGUCGUGUCAGAUCUGCCAGAUCAGGUGGAGGUGAUAGUACACAGAUUGUGGGACUUGCUGUUGGAACAAGAUGAAUUGGCUGCAGCUUGUAACAGCUUUAUGGGGCUUCUGGCAGCUCUGCUGAGCUCACCUCUCAUACAUGAACAUAUGAGACCACAGCCUCUCACUGAGGUGGUUCCACGCUUAUGGCCAUUCCUGUGCCAUAGUACAUCAUCUGUUCGUCGUGCUACAUUGCAGACACUAAGCACUCUGACUGCACAGCACAAUGUUGGUGAUGGUAUAAGUUGGACAGCAGAUGUGCUGCAGGAUGCACUGAGGCACAUCUUCCAGCGAGUAAUUGUAGAGUCAGUUCCUGAAAUUCAGGAUUUGGCUGAACAGGUGUGGGGGAACCUGCUGCGCAACAGUCGGCUGGAGGACCUGCUUGUGGCUGCAUGCCCUUAUGUCAGUACCUGGUUGUGCCUGACAAUGCAACCAGCAAAGCUUGCAAUCGACCCUUCCCAGCUUAUUCAAAGCAAGUCUAUCAGAGAUCGUUCCACUGAGAGGUCUGUUCGAAAGCCACGUACGUUACCUUCUCUGGAGAGUGGUGGCAGUAGUGGUGGUGCCAAGUGCGAGCUCAAGUUAUAUGUUGGCGGUAGUGAAACAACGCCAGCAGCAGUGCGGGAGAAAAAUGUGAUCCGGGCUCGCUGCAUGGCCUGUCGAAUGCUGGGUUUGCUGUCCUGCUACAUUGUGCAGCCUGCACCUGGCAUUGUAUAUACUCCUGAGACUGAGAGUCCCGUUGACAUCUAUGUCAAGUUGUUGCUUACUUACCUGAACUCCAAAUCAGCAAUGCAGAGGAUGGUGGCUGGUCUUGUCAUUGUGGAAUGGGCACGACUUGAUGCCUUAACUUUGGAGUGCCCUGAGGCACUUAGAAUACGUCUGCACCAAUGUCUGUGUGAGUGUGUGUACUUUGAUGAGAUAGCACUGUCCUUCACGCGAUUGCUACAAGAGGCGAGAGAUUUCGUGGCGAUGCUCAAACACUACAAGUUACCACUGGAUUAUGAAACUUAUGGAAAGGUGUUGGCAUUGGAACAGAUUCAGCAACUCAGUGGACCUAUUGCCCAGCAGCUGCUGUCCAACCACAAGCUCAAACCCAAAGUGGCUGAGGGUCUCGAAGAGCGCAGGAAAGCCAUACAAGGGGCAGUGUCUCAAACCAGCUCUGAUCAGAUGCUACUCAGUGUUUCGACUCAAGCUGCUAUUGCUGGUGCAGUGACUAUGUUGAGAUGUCUCCCAGAGAAAUUGAACCCUGUCAUCAAGCCACUAAUGGAAUCCAUUAAGAAAGAAGAUGACGAACAGUUACAGAGCUUGGCUGCAGAUCACUUGGCCCGCUUGGUGGAUCUCUGUGUGGAGCGAGUGCCAUGCCCUAAUUCCAAGAUUAUCUGUAAUCUCUGCACAUUCCUACGGUCUGACCCUGAGUUCACACCAAAAAUACAGGCAGCCACAAGGGAGGGCCCCAGCAGUGACAGCGGGAUGGAGAGCACCGGAGAUGGCAGUCGCACAGGAACACCAACCUCCUUUGCAAACAACUACACAGGCAUCUUAACACUGAACCGUAUUCAGAGGAGAGGAGCUGCCUUUGCUGUGACGUCAAUAACUUUAUAUUUUGGUAGAUCUUUGCCACAGAAGUUACCUAAGUUGUGGGAGAUUAUGAUUGACCAUCUCAAGAACACCGUUGACUUGGCUGCAUUUGAUGCCCCAGCGCUGAUUAACAGUGAUGCAGCAGCAGAGGAUCUGGUGUCUAGUCUUCAAGUCCUUGAGGUAACCUGUCCAGCCAUCCACCCAGAGAUCUUGCCUCAGGUGCUGGAGGACUCUCUCCCAAGGCUGUGUCUGCUUCUGACACACCCAUACCGUGCUGUGAGGCACAUGGCUGCCCGUUGCAUGGGCACAUUGGCGUGCCUAUCUUCUGUACCAGUGAUGACACACAUUGUGGAUAAGGUGCUGCCACUGCUUGGAGCGGUGGACUCAGACAUACAGCGUCAGGGAGCCGUAGAGGCUCUGGCUUCAGUUGCAGAGAAACUGCAGUUCAGCAUUGUGCCAUAUAUUGUGUUGCUAGUGGUGCCACUACUGGGUUGCAUGAGUGACCAGAACCAGCCAGUACGAUUAAUGGCUACUCAUUGUUUUGCGACACUGAUACAACUGAUGCCGUUAGAUGGGGGCAUUCCAAACCCUCCGAACCUCACUCCAGAGCUGAUUGAGCAGAAGGGUCGUGAGCGAAAGUUUUUGGAACAACUCCUAAACCCCAAAUCGAUUGAGGACUACAAAAUUCCUGUACCUAUUAAAGCAGAAUUGCGGUCUUACCAACAGUCUGGAGUGAACUGGUUGGCAUUCCUGAAUAAAUACAAACUGCAUGGUAUACUGUGUGAUGACAUGGGCUUGGGGAAGACUCUUCAGUCAAUCUGCAUCCUUGCAGGAGAUCACUAUUUCAGGACACAGCAAUAUAAGAAAACAAAAAGUCCGGACAGCAUUCCAUUGCCUUCUCUUGUGAUCUGCCCUCCAACCCUCACAGGCCAUUGGGUGUAUGAGAUAGAAAAGUUCAUGUCGAAAGCUUACCUCAACCCCUUGCAGUACAUUGGAACCCCUGCAGAACGGGAGAAAUUACGCUCCAAGGUGGCGUGUUACAACCUGGUGGUGGCUUCAUAUGAUAUUGUCAGGAAGGACAUCGACUUCUUUAGUUCAAUCAAGUGGAACUAUUGCAUCCUGGAUGAAGGCCAUAUUAUCAAGAAUGGCAAAACCAAGUCGUCUAAAGCAAUCAAACAGCUGACUGCAAACCACCGUCUCAUUCUCUCAGGAACACCGAUACAGAAUAACGUAUUGGAGCUAUGGUCUUUGUUUGACUUCCUCAUGCCUGGUUUCCUUGGUACAGAGAAACAAUUUACAGCACGCUACAGCAGGCCAAUCCUGGCCAGUCGUGAUCCAAAGAGCUCGCCCAAGGAGCAAGAAGCAGGAGUGCUGGCCAUGGAAGCACUACACAGGCAGGUGCUGCCAUUCCUGUUGCGCAGGAUAAAGGAAGAUGUUCUGGAAGAUCUGCCCCCCAAGAUCACACAGGAUUAUUACUGUGAACUGAGCCCACUGCAGGAGCAGUUAUAUGAGGACUUUGCACGCUCUUACGCACACCAGAGCCUUCAGGAGACCCUAGCACAUACUGCACAGUCAGGCACAAUACAAGGGAACACACACAUCUUUCAGGCUUUGAGAUAUCUGCAGAAUGUGUGCAACCAUCCGAAGUUGGUUCUGUCACCACGGCAUCCCGAGUAUGAUAAGGUUGUGGCACAGUUGAAGCAGCAGAACAGCAGCAUGGCUGACAUUCAGCAUGCCGCCAAACUGCCGGCCCUCAAGCAGCUGCUGCUGGACUGUGGCAUUGGCGUGCCACCCGCUGGACAAGCUGGAGAACUUGUUGUCAACCAGCAUCGAGCACUCAUCUUCUGCCAACUUAAAGCAAUGCUUGAUAUUCUGGAGCAAGAUCUCUUUAAGAGUAACAUGCCAAGUGUGACAUAUCUGAGAUUGGAUGGGAGCAUCUCACCGGGCAUGCGUCAUGAUGUCGUGACAGCAUUUAAUAAUGACCCCUCGAUAGAUGUGCUACUGCUGACAACACAUGUCGGAGGUCUGGGGCUGAACCUGACGGGCGCAGACACCGUUAUAUUUGUGGAGCAUGACUGGAACCCAAUGAAAGAUCUGCAAGCAAUGGACCGUGCCCACCGUAUUGGCCAGAAGAAAGUUGUAAAUGUGUACAGACUCAUAACAACAGGCACCCUAGAAGAGAAGAUCAUGGGGUUGCAGAAAUUCAAGUUAAUGACUGCCAACACGGUGAUAAACAGUGAAAAUGAAAGUAUGGAGACCAUGGGAACAGACCAGCUGCUGGAUUUGUUCUCACUGGGCGAUAAGAAGAAAGACAAUCAGAAAUCUUCCAAGAGCCAACCUGCAUCAUCACACGCACUCACAAUGAAGAAUGUACUGGAAACGCUGCCAGAUUUAUGGGAGGAAAAGCAGUAUGAAGAAGAAUAUGACCUGUCAACCUUCAUGAGCAACCUGCGGAACUGAGGCAUAGUAUUGUAGACAUGACUGCUUCAACUUUACCUUUCUGCGUCAUCUGAUCACACAGGUGUGUCGUCACAUACAAGCCUCCUUUUAAGAAGUGUAGCAUCUACAUACGAGUAUUGCAUUGGUUGUACUUGAAAACAGUCAACUUUGUAUUUCUCCUAUGACUGAAGAAUUCUUGACAUGCUCAACAUAAUAUCAAAGAAACAAUGAACCUUUUUUAUAAGGAUAUGUAGAGGCCUCAAAAUCAUUACUGUGUAUGUGUGUGUGUCUUUUUUAAUAGAUGUAACUGCUGACAUUUUCCUUUACUAGUUGCAUCUCACAGCAUUUGAACAGUUUAUGUGGAUACAAUUAGCCUAUCUCUACCAUUUUACAACAUAAAUAUGCCCCUUUUUAUGAGCCAGCCAGUAACACAUGUUUAAUGAAGAGACAUUGCCAGUUCUCGUCAUACAUUAAGAUUUUUACACAUUUGUGACAACGUGAAUCAAGUAAACGAGAUUGACAACCAUUAUGACAAUUCAGAAAAUUAAAUUUCUCUUUAAUAAGCUCAGUAAGUCAACACUACAGAGAAGUUAACCCUACAAGUGCACAACUUUAGUUCCUACAAUAUCAAGUCAAAACUCAAAAUCCACAUCUAAGAAAAUUGCAGAUCUUUGCUAUAAUUUUCAACUUUAUAAACUUUUCAUGCACCAUUUUCAAUAAAAUGAGUUGUGCAAUAUGGUGUUAUUAUUUGCCAUUCAAUGAAUGAACAAGUGAAACAAAUUAUAUGAAAUGCCAAAUAAUUAUGUUAUCAUUAUGUGGACCUUUACUGAUCAGAUUUAUUUAUGACAUAAAGUUCAAAAUACUGCAGUUCUCUGAUCCAUUCCAGCUUGCAGUGGUGUAUUGUCUUCUAAAUCAUCAGUUGUCAUAUGGCCACUUUCAAACAAAUCAUCAUUGCACUUACAUCAGAAAUGCUGUUUUCAUUAUCACUAAUGUUAUUUUUUAAUUUCAGUAUGUUCAGUGUCACUAACAUUGCUGAUUUCUUUCCUAACCAACAUUCUGGGUUAUGUUAUUCUAUGGGUAUAUAGUACAUUAUACAAGAAGUUCUGAGAUGAACUGUUUGCUUUUCUUUUUCUUUUGAUAGAGCACAAGCUGCAUAUGAAACGACAUGUCCAACAGUUCUUCUGUCAUUACAUAUAUCUUUAUUGCCACGGGAACAUGUCUACCAAGACGUUGCCUAGCAACGAUACAGAGGAAUACACAUACACUUUUUUUUCUACAAAUAAGGAAAGCGGGUUAAGGAAUUUCCCGAGAACUUCAAGUAUAUGAAAAGAAAAUUCUUCCAAAUGCUUCUUGACUUUAGUUCAGAUAAAAUGCCAACUGCAGUCACUUGCUUUCAAAUAUAGAAAUUUCUGUGAAGGUUGAAAUUUUUGACGCUAGGCACUUGUAGGACUAAGAAAAGUGUAUCCAAACAAAUUAAAAAAAAUAGCUGAAUGUUAAUUAUGUCAAAAAAAUAAUUUCCCAUCUGUUACAAAAGAGUAGUGUGCCUUUUAAAAGGGUUGUUUUCCUACCCAUCUUUUCAUUGGUCUGGAUCGGGCUCCCCUUCGUUACCCCCUACCCUGGGUCACAUGACCACCUUCCUUGCAGUCUGCCAUGGGGGCAGCAUGUCACAAGCCACAAGACCAUGGUCUCAGAAGUGAGAGAUGGGGUUCCUAAUGACAGAAACAUGUAAUAUAAAUAACAUUGAACAGCUUGUGACAGAACUUGUGGCACAUCAGUCAACACAAACCAAAAACAGUAUGGCCACAAUUAAAAAAAAAAGAGGGCAGGAGAAGGCGAAGGAAAGAUGUUUUAUGGCACUAUUUAGAAGCAAUAGUCACCUUUAACAUAGUGUAAUAGGGCCAUGCCAAUAAUUGCUCUUCUUCCAGUAUAGAUGCAUUAUGCCCUUAGUGUGCAUGCAUUUGUAUACGUAGGACUAAACUUCAAACAGCCAAACUAUAGAAUUUUAUUGUUUUGAAAUCUGGUCCCAUCAUUUUUUGCCUGUGUGAAUAUGAAUUGUAGACUAAUGUUAUGUUCCACGUUCACAUUGCCGAAGAUAUAUAUGACAUACAUAGCAAUUUGGGAGAUUCUUGUGCCACAGAUGAAUGGUUGUCAUUAUCUUUGUACAUAAUCAGAUCUUUAUGGUGCUGCACAAGAUGAUAGUACCUCAGUGGGCUGACAGUGUUGCAUGUGCUGGUUACAGGUAAUACCAGUUUUGUUGAUAGGUGGUUCUGCCAAUAGUCUCCCUGUCAUUUUUGUGGCAAAUUUUUGUUUGGAAGAGGAGCUUCAAACUAGUAUUUUGUAUGUAAGUUUUGAGGUUUUCAUGGCGAUGACAAUGAAGAAAGUUGU